AUGGCUGAGGAGAAGAAGGCGUCUGAAGUUGUGCCUGACUUCGACGAAGAAGGUAACAUGCUCAAUCUAUCUGAUGCAUCUUUUGAUUUGUCUGGUUUGGAUGGUCCUUUGUUCGGUGGUGAGUUGCCACAUACGCCCCCUUCGACUCUAGCGGCGGUGCUGAUCCUUUGCACAGUGGGAGUGAUCAGCCGCGGGAUCCUUCCGGGGAAGGUACUUCCCGGAGGGUAG